UUCUUUUGAAGUGAUGUUGCUGGGCCCUGACUCCCCUGUGGGGCGGCGCACCGGUGGACUGAGGGCCCCAAAUAUCCCUUACGAAGGCGAUGAGCAAGGAAAAAUGUUUGUUGGUGGCCUGUCCUGGGAAACAACUCAGGAGUCCUUGCAGCGUUACUUUGGUCAGUAUGGAGAAGUUAUUGACUGUGUGGUGAUGAAGAACAGUGAGACGGGAAGGUCAAGGGGUUUUGGCUUUGUGACAUUUGCAGACCCCAACAAGGUGGAUGUUGUACUGAAAAGUGGUCCUCAUGAGCUGGAUGGGCGUACCAUUGAUCCCAAAGCUUGCAAUCCUCGCAGCAUGCAAAAGCAGAAGAAAAAUGGAAAUUGGCCCAAGGUGUUUCUUGGAGGGUUACCCUCCAAUCUUACAGAGACAGACCUCCGCAAUUUCUUCUCGCGCUAUGGUGCUGUAAUGGAGGUCGUCAUAAUGUUUGACCAGGAGAAGAAGAAAUCAAGAGGCUUUGGAUUUUUGUCCUUCGAAACGGAAGAAGCUGUGGAUAGAGCGGUGGCAGAGCACUUUGUCAACAUUAAUGGAAAGCAGGUUGAAAUUAAGAAAGCAGAGCCCCGUGAUGCCAGCAAGGCACAGGAGGAGAGUGGUCAGUGGGGCACACCACCCGACAAUCAGUGGGGCAUGCCAGUUGGCCCACCUGGCAUACCUGGCCUCAACAAUGGCAUGGGACCUGGAAACAUGGGUCCACCACUGGGCCCUCCCCUUGGACCGCACAACAGUCAAAUGGGAGGCCACAUGGGUACUCAAGGCAUGGUUCAGGGGCCCUACCAUCAGGGGUGGGGAACACCCCCUCAACAGCAGGGUUACCCUCCUCAAGGAUAUGGUGCUCCACAAGGACCACAGGGCUAUCAGGGCUGGGGUGCUGGCCAACAGCUGCAGCAGUGGGGUGCUCCCAAUUAUGGAUCUCCAGGCGGGCAGCAGUAUGGCAGCUUUG